AUGAGUUAUUAUUAGUUGCCAUUAGCCCGAAUCCGAACACUUCGUGACGUCAUCAGGAAUCAGCUGUGGCACAACAACAAUAACAAAGAGCAAGAGGCGUUGGUGAAGUAAACGAUUGCUUGUGUUUAUGUGUCUUAUAAACGUUCCCCUAUCUCCGAGAGCUCGCCUCGUGUGAAAUAUGAAUCCUUCACACCACGGACAGUGCCACAGGAGGCGGGGAUCGAGAGAUGAUAGGGAGGAGGAGAAAGAGAAAGAGGGCGAAGGAGCGGAGGCAGGAUCUUCAUCGUCCCGUGACAGGAACGUUCCUCCUCCUGCGCUGGCACAACCGAGUCCUACGGGAGGACAAGGAGGAGGAGGAGGAGAAUCGAAAGGAGCGUCUGUAACCUCGCCAAGCCCACUUCCUUCUCCCUCUGUUCCCUCUCCACCACCACCUCCUCCUCCCUCUACUGCUUCCCCAUCCACCCCAGUUCAGCAGACAGACGGUGAGAAGAACAGGCCCAGUAAAGAGCCGCAGACACACACACCUGCUUCCUCUUUGCCUCAGAGUAGGAUGCGCAGAAGUAAGACCUCCUCACAACCCCGUGCGCGGUCUGGCUCCUGGUCUGGCGUAAAUGAGAGUGAUGAUGAGCUGGAGCGGAUGGCGCAGGUCUACAGCCAGCCACCCCCAGAGAUCAAAGUCUCCGCUGUUGAGAGCAAUGGCGGAACUCGCUAUGGCUCAGUAUCCUCAACCCUUGGGAGCCUUGGUGCUGGCACGGACUACAGCCCCCUCAAUGACUCCUCCACCUCGAAUCCAGCAAGGGGUGUCUUUGCCCACACGAUCUCGGCUGACAGAAUACGCAGAAGGCUCAAGUUCUUCUUCAUGAACCCCAUGGAGAAGUGGCAUGCACGGCGUAGGUUUCCCUGGAAGUUGUUGUUGCAAGUGUUCAAGAUUGUGGUAGUCACAGCACAGUUGUGCCUGUUUGCCCAGCAGCGGUACAACCAUGUCAACUACUUGUGGGACACCAAGAUCUCCUUCUCGCAUCUGUUCAUCAAAGGGUGGGACACAACGCGUGAAAUUCAGGUGUACCCCCCUGCUGAUGGCCCCCUGGCAGUCUAUAAGAAGGCGUCAUUCUUCGAAUACUUGGAUUAUGCUGUUACGACGUAUGCACACAUCAGAGAGACAGCUAUUGGCACCUACACUUAUGAGCACAAAAAUGGAAGUGUUGUUCCUCCAGUUCUCUGUGUGUCGCACUACAAGAAAGGUGAAGCCUUUAUCGACAACAACACAUAUAUUCUGGAUGAUGAUGUCACCCAGUCAUGCAUAGAGAUCCCACCCUCAGAGGCCAAUGCGACUGACUGGUCCACAAAGGACUUCAUGGAGAAGAACAACUUCACCUUCAACUUUGACCUGCUCCUCAACACAGACUUCACUUUCCAGCUGCGUACCAUCAAGCUGCGUGUCAAUUUGCCCUUUGACACCCCAGAAUGCUAUCGGCUAACUGGCAAGGUGGUAUUCAACAACCAUGAUCAUGACGGACAGAUCCUGGUGGAGCUGGACGUUGGUGCAAAGGUCCUGGAAUGCACUGGAUCUGUUAAUCUGGCUUCAGAGUCUAGAACACUUAAGAUUUGGCGAGCAGUGAUCAAUGUGGCUAGCAUUGUCACCUGCAUCACAUCGCUGUGUAUGUGCAUUAGGGCUAUCUAUAGAGCACAGAUUCUGAAAAAGGCCACUGUGGUGUUCUUCCAACGGUACUUUGGCAAAGAGCUUACCAUAGAGGAGCGAAUGGAAUUUGUGAACUUCUGGUACAUCCUUAUAUGCAUCAACGACAUCCUUAUCAUCAUAGGCUCAUUUCUCAAGAUUGGGCUUGAGAGCAAGGGAUUGCGUUUUGGUCACGUGGAGUUUGUAAAGAGCAGUGAGCUGGUGAGUUACGAAGGGUUCUUGGACACAUGGAACAUUUGCUCCCUCUUCCUUGGACUGGGUAACCUGCUAGUCUGGUUCGGCUGCCUGCGCUACCUUGGCUUCUUUGAGACUUACAAUGUGCUGAUCUUGACCCUCAAGAAGUGCUUCCCAAAUGUGCUGCGAUACUCCAUAUGCAUCCUGAUGGUGUUUGCUGGCUACUGCCUCUGUGGCUGGCUUGUGCUUGGACCUUACCAUCUCAAGUUCCGCUCGUUCUCAUCGACAAUGGAGUGCCUGUACUCGCUCAUCAAUGGGGAUGACAUGUUUGCGACUUUCUCAUCGACAUCAGGCAAGGACCCCGUCGUGUGGUGGUUCUCACGCAUCUACCUGUACUCGUUCAUCUCUCUCUUCAUCUAUGUAAUUCUCUCCCUCUUCAUUGCAAUCAUUAUGGAUGCAUAUGAGACAAUUAAGAAAUACUAUGACGACGGCUUUCCUGAGUCGGAUCUAAUGGUGUUUGUGAAUGAGUGCACAGAGGAGCCCACCAGUGGUGUCUUCCAUGAUGAUGGUGACCGCACUAUCCAUGAUGUCAUCAACUCAAUCUGUUGCUGUGGACAUGAAAGAAGAAGUGAUACCCAGGAGUAUGAGCCUCUAAUCACUUAGACAAAGGUGUUUGCAACUACUUGCUAGCCAUGCAUGUGCUUACGGUACCAAGCCAUGUUCUCUACAAUAUUUGUUGUGAUUCACACCAAAAGAGAUUUCGGGAGUCACGCGUUUAUCCUUGUCCUCCCCAUCCCCUUUCUUCCUCCUCUCUCUCCUGUAUAAAUUCCCUUCCCCCUUAUGUUCUCCAUUUUCCCCACACCCCUUCCUAUUCCCACCUACCCCCUUCCUCCCCAGUGCCCUUUUAACUCUGCUUUCAUUCCAUUUUCAUAUUCAUAUUAUGAUUAUGAAUAUGAUUUAUUACUGUGACUACUACUACUGCCACCAUUACUUGAUAAUUUUUUUAUUUGCACUCUGAUGACACAUCUGGGGUGAUGCGCUGACCUCCUGUUGUAAAUACUUGCAAUUGCUCCUCUGAAAUACCAUAUUGUGUACAUGUUAUUAUUUUUAUAUAACUUUUCUGACUUAUUUCAUAGCUUUGUUUCUCAUGGUUAUUAUAUCCAUUGUAUCCACUAUAUAAUAUAUUUACCUCUCCUCCCCCUUUCCCUCCCCAAAAAAAUAAUGGAAUGAACAUACUCAUUCCAAUUUCUCGUCUCAUCCUUAUAAACAACUGUGUUAUUACUUUUACAGUCUUAGAUAUUAGCUUACUGCCAAUCAGAUCACAAGCCAAUAUUUAUGGAAUUUCUAAUCCUGAUUCUAAUUCUGAUUGUCUUUCUUUAAGUGUCCCUUUCAGGAAUCUUGAUUGGAAACCUUUAUUAUAAUCCUCAUUGGCAGUACUGAGUUCCUUUCAUUAUACUUAAAGGUGAUUAUUAGUCAACUUUUUUUUUUCUUUUGUUCAUUCUGUUUUAUAUGAUUUUUUACAGAAGUAUUGGCUUUUGUGCUUCCUCUUUUUUCUUGUAAGGAAUCAUUAGACCAGCCCAUGUCUUGUUUUUCUCUCUCAUUUCUGUUGAUUUGGUGAUUUGACAAUUGUGCUUCACAUGAAGGAAUGAAAAUGAGGCAAAAUAAAUAGAAGUUUUGACAUGGCUCCAAAGUUCUGUACUUUGCACUAAUAAAGACUCUAGUCUCCAUAAUAGAGUGGAAAAGACAACCAGCUUUGAUGCAUAGUCUGUUAAUUAGUAUAUAGUGCUGUUAUUAAUAUGCCAUCACAUUUACCAGCCACAGAGCAUUUUUAGAAAGUUUAUGAAGAUGUUUGAAAUAGUAUUUUGUACUUUUUUACUUCACAGUUUUGAGUGCUUUGCAGUAAGAUAUAUGCAGUCUUGCAGUAGGUUAUCAAAUUAGAAGACAGUCAAAGUCUUUCCACAAUUAGGGCUUUCUAUCUGUAUAUGACUGUCAUGUCAAGGACCAUAUGACAAAAAGCUCCUCGAUGCUGUGUCUCUGUAGCUCGAGUUGAAUUUUAUCUCUAGGUUAUGCAUUUGUAUUAUGGUGUCUCUAUGUAUCAUGUAGGGCUUUUGGUAUAUAGUCAUAUUUUCCUUGUGAGGCAUCUGGAAUAUCUGUCAUUUGGCCAGAGUGAAGCUUUUGCAUUAUUAGUAACUGAAUACUGGAACUAUUUUUCCCAUACUAUAACUAUGCCAUCCAUUGGUGUAUUUUACCCCAUGUGAUUUUCAAGUAACUGCUGUAUACAUAUUGUGAUAUAUUAGUCACAAAGUGAAACUGCUGCAUGUGGCUGAUGUUUUAUAUAUCUUGUAGAAGUUUGUUUUUAGAAUUGGAAAAUGCAAAUGGAAAUAAAUAUGGUAAGAGAAAGUAAUUUAAAACAUAUUAGUGUAUGAUUUAGGAAUUGUUGGUAACAGGGGAUAAUGCUCAGGUCUUGUUAGUUUCUUGAUUUUAUUAAUUAAUAUUUUAUUGAUACUUCUCUUGUGUGUAAAUGUUAAUGUUCACCCAAGUGUGAGUCACCCACUUAUUUUUAUCUCAUUUAUAUAUGUCUGUAUCAUUUGUAUAUUUCAUGCCAUUGAAUAAUAUGUUUGUAAAUAUUUACAUGCAUUAGGACACUACUGAGAAGGCUAUAUAGAGUUGACACAUAAAUGCAUACUGAAGUGUACAUGUACCAGUUAUUAAACUAAAAGUAUUUUAUGUUCACUGUAUUUUUCUUUUCAUUAUUUUGUUAUAGUCAUUGUAAAAAUAACAGGAUCAGCUUUGCAAUGGUAUAACAACCCAAAUGCAAAUAAAAAAAAAGUUUAAGUAACUUAUUUGAUGUCCUGAAUAGUAUAUAGCAUUUGUGAAACUGGAUCUUUGAUAUCCAGAAAUGAUAGUAUUACCUAAUACGUAAGGGAACAAUUUUGUUCAUGUCAUUGCUACCAGUAGGAAACAAAUCACAAAUUAUUAGACAGCAGAUGUAUGGACAGAAAAGGGCAAACAAAUACAGAACAGUGGAUAAAUAACACAGGCAAAAUAUUUUUAUAUGAUAUGGUAUCCAUGUUUGUAAACAAUGAACCAAUGUAGAAGAUAGGUAUAUCUUCACCUAUUGUCAUCAGGAACAUAUAAUGUUGACUAGUUUUGUUUUGUGAAAUAUGUUUACACAUAGAUGACUCUACAAGGCCUAAUUUCCCUUUCUUUGAGUUUUAUUUAUUUGUUGUUUUUUUCAAUUGAUAUGCAUGCAUUAUUUUAUUAUUAUUAUAAUGACUAACAAUACUGAUGGCCACAAAAAAAAGAAAGAAAAGAAAAAAAUCCAAAAAAACAAAGGAUAAACAGGUAGGAUUAGAACUGAAUCAUUGGUGACUAAGUACAUGUGGAGCCAUGUAUGUGUAAAGACAAUUAAUAAACACAGUAGGCAUGUAUGGCAUGCCAUCCCUGGUGACAUUAGGUCAAAAAAUGUCUUGUCGAUUAUAUGACAUACACUUCUUUGUAUAAGAGGAAAAAAGGAAAAUUAUGGCUAUUUUUUUAGGUAAAGAAAAUCUUUAUAAUUCUUGAGAGAAUAAAAAAUUUAACAGGAAAUGAGGAAGCUUGAAUUAUAUGUUACGGGAAAGCCUUGUAAGCUAAGAAAAUAAUCUUAUUGAACACUGAUUAUAGAUAUUUGUUUGCAAAUAUUAGUAAUCUUUCUCUGAAAUUUUGUAAUUUUGUAUUAUUAAUAUUCCUUCAAGAUUAUUAUAGAUGUCAUAUUUUUUUAUUUAUGUAUUUAUUGUAUAUUUUUUGAAGAAUUUUUUCUGGAGACUAAAAUAAUAAUCAAUUUUUAAUCAAAUGUAAACAUUCAUAUAUUUAUAUACUUUCAAUACAGAUCUGUUCAGCUUUGACUGUCCAUGCAAUCAUUAGGCUCAUUGUUACUUAUUUUAAUCCUGUUUCAACAAUGUAAGUAUAGGUGCUUUUGAAAAUAUGUUAUGAUUGUUUUAUAGAAUCUAAACAGAUUUUUGCAUUUUUAAAAAUCUUCAUCAAUACUAUUGUUUCUGUAGGCGAACCAUUUUACUUACCUGUUUUAGACCAAACUUAUACCUUACUCAUUGCAAUGGAAAAUAUUCAUGAUAAGUCUUCAUGUCACAGAUUCAUUCACAUCAUCAUUAUUAUCAUAACUGAUAACAGUUAUUAACAGGAGUUAAUAAGUAAGAGAGAUUAUAGCAUACACAAAAGCAGUCAUAAUACUUUACCUUGUGCUUUCAAUGUUGUAUAUUCAUUGUAAAUAUUCCUGUGAAAUACAUUCCUGUAAUUACUGAAUGUCGAAGUCAGUAUUUUGAGGAUGGCUGUUUAAUGAUUUGAAAUAUGAGAGAUAUAUAAGUCAGAAAGAUCUGCAGCAUACCUAGUGUGAUUAAAAUGUAUUUUUGUUUCUUUAAGUUUUUAGUUUUCAUAGAAUCAAGAACAUGUAUCUUCCCUGUGAUGCAUUAUUUUUAUUUCUCUGGGAAUGUUACUUGGGACUCCUUGUUCUUGGCAUCUUAUUUUUUUUAUUUCUCCAUUUUAUCCUUUUUCCUUCUCUGUAAUUUUCUUGCGAUGCGUCUCCUCAAAAGACUUCAGUAUUAUUUCAACAUUUUUUCACUUAUUUCAUAAAAUUAAUUUUAUUUCCUUUAGCUGACUUCUUAAAAUGCAUUUUGUAGUUUAUUAAAAAAAAAAAAAGACACAGAAAUAGAUAUUUAUUUAUAUUAUCUUUCUCAUUCUCCAUUCUAUGCUGCUCCUCCAUUCCUCCUAUUUAAUUAUUCAUAAUCCUGUUUUUUUUAAAUUUUGUUGUGUAGCAGUUGAAGAAAACUCUGUGGAAUAAGUUACUGAAUGAAGAAAAAGAAACUGUUUGUGUAUGAAAAGAAAUAGUAUUAUAUAUAAUUACAUAUGCCAAUGCAUGUCUGAAAAUAUAUGGUGUAUUACUCCAUUUGUAAAUAAAGUGAAGAAAUAAAUCCUGUUUGAUUUUGAAUUAAUUUUAUGUAUUAGUAUUAUCCCUUGUAUAACUAUUUCUGUUUAUGUAUAUUCUGUUACAUAUAUGUUUACACUAUA